UUAAAGUUAAGGGCAUCAAUUGCAAACCGGAGCAAAGGACGUCCACGAUUGAUUUUGGGAACAAUUUUUACUUGUGUCCAGUGAUGGGUGGCUGUCGGUGUUCCUUUCGCGAGUGCGUGAAUGCUACCUCCUGCCGGAAAGAGAUGCAUUUCUUUCGCUAUCCCACCAAGGAUCCAGAGCGUUUGCGGAAGUGGGUACAAAAUGCCAAUCGAAUAGAGUUUCUAGAUCUGCCGAAGGACAAACUGAUGAAUAAAGUGGUUUGUCAAGAACACUUUGAGACGAGCAUGUUCAUGAAUUUCUUGCGCGAACGGAUAACGAAGCUCGCCGUACCACGGUUGAUGCCGUUGGACGGCGGAAGGAUGCUGAACGUGGAAACGGAUGAAUUCUUAGACACGGAUUCGAUGGAAGAGUGGCGUGUGGGGGAAGUGGCAAGAUCAGAUGCUGCACCGACGUAUAGCGCCAAACAGUCCCCAAAUUCAUCGCUUAAAGCCGUGAACAGCCUGGAAGAUGAAUCGUAUACACCGACGUUGAAGAAAGUAAAAAUUCUCAAUUCUCAAGCAGUGAUCCUAAACAAAAUCAAAAGUGAACUUCCCGCCACCGUAUUGCGUAUUAAAACCACGAAGAACUGCAAAGUCGCCCCAAGACAAGCGUCGAGUAUGAGCGUGGAAAAGGUUUCUGAGAUUCCCGAUCCCACUGCUACUAUCACGAUAGAACCCGUUGACAGCUCAUCGCAAAACGAAGCUGAUAUUCUGGUUCACACGAUAGAGGACGAAACCGAAGAAAAUGAACAAGAGCAGUGCGUGGACCAAAAGCCUGCGUUUCACUUGAAUUCCCGCCGAGAAGUGGUCAGUCCGAUGGAAGUUCGUGACACCGAAACGACCGGCGUGCCGACAGUGGACCCCAAUCUUUCGGAAACUCUUGAACGAAACAAUCGUGAGAUAGCGGAUCUAAAGAAGCUCGUCGAGCAGCUAUUGAAUCGUCCUACACCGCAACCAAGCAUUACUAGCCCUCCUGUUGUACCGGUGCCAACGAUGAAAAUGGAACAAGGUCCCCAGCUCACCAAGGCGCAGCUGUUUAAUGGUAUCAAGCGAUAUCUUAACCCGUCGAUGGUAACGCUGCUGCGGAUGGAGCUGUUUGCGGGAGCCGCUAAUCGUGUGUGGAAAACGGACGAAAAAUCGCUGGCAGUCGACCUGCUCAACAUUGGUGAGCAAGUUUACGAUCACUUCACGGAAGAGUUUCGCUUUCGGUUACCAUCGAAGAGCGACGCGCGCGUUUGGAAAGAUUCCGGGGAAAUUGAUGCCGAUGAUGCUUGUUAGAAGAGGUUUUGCGACAUUUAGCAAAACUGCACUGCAUCGAGCACACGAACGCGAACUACAAACUAUCGAUUAAUAUUGUUCUCUAUAGGGGCGUACAGAUCUUUACACCGGACUCAUUUUUUUGACAAU